AUGUCGACCACUCCUCCUCUCAGCAAAGCUACUGGCUAUGGAGUCAUCAUCGGCCUUGGAUUUCUGUUCGCCUUCGGUAUGAUGCUGACAACGUUUGUCCUCCGACGAUACAAUAAUGAGCUGCAGACGUCGGAAGCCUUCAGCACUGCUGGCAGAACCGUCAAGUCUGGUCUGGUCGCUUCCGCUGUGGUGUCCUCGUGGACGUGGGCAGCGACUCUGCUUCAGUCAUCGAGCGUGGCAUAUCGCUACGGAGUCAGUGGGCCGUUCUGGUAUGCUUCUGGUGCAACGGUUCAGGUGAUCUUGUUCGCAACACUCGCCAUCGAACUUAAACGAAAGGCACCCAACGCACAUACAUUCCUGGAAGCAAUCCGAGCACGAUAUGGUGCCGCGACUCAUGGUGUCUUCAUCACCUUCGGCCUUAUGACCAACGUUCUCGUAACGGCUAUGCUUCUUACUGGCGGCUCCGCAGUCGUGACAUCGCUGACAGGUGUCCCGACAGCAGCAGCUUGUUUCCUGCUGCCCAUCGGUGUCGUACUGUACACUAUGUUCGGUGGGAUCAAGGCCACCUUCCUCACUGACUACGUCCACACUGUCAUGAUCCUGGUCAUCAUCUUUAUCUUUGCUUUCACCGCUUAUGCGACAAGCAGUGUGCUCGGCUCGCCAGGCGCAGUCUACGAUGCCCUCACAGAGGCAGCUAAGCGCCAUCCUGUGGCUGGUAAUGCUGAAGGCAGCUAUCUGACUAUGCGUUCUACCGAAGGAGCCGUGUUUUUUGUGAUCAAUCUAGUUGGAAACUUCGGCACUGUCUUCUGUGACAAUGGUUACUAUAACAAGGCAAUUGCUGCUAGUCCAGUACACGCCCUGCCUGGAUACAUUGCAGGCGGACUAAGUUGGUUUGCUAUCCCAUGGCUGGCUGCCACGACCAUGGGCCUCUCAGCACUUGCUCUCGAAAACAACCCGGUCUUCCCAACAUAUCCCAACAGGAUGGAUCCUGCCGAUGUGUCAGCAGGUCUCGUGUUACCAGACGCUGCCGUUGCAUUACUUGGCAAAGGCGGUGCCGCUGCGACACUUCUCCUCAUCUUCAUGGCCGUCACCUCUGCUAUGAGUGCCGAACUUAUCGCUGUGAGCAGUAUCUGGACCUAUGAUAUCUACCAGACGUAUAUCAACCCGGGAGCGUCAGGGAAGAGGCUGAUCUACAUGUCUCACACAAGUUGUAUUGUAUACGCGAUCAUUAUGGCCUCGUUCUCCACCGGACUAUACUACGCUGGCAUCUCGAUGGGCUACCUAUAUUUGAUGAUGGGCGUAAUCAUAUCGGGAGCUGUUCUACCGGCGUCAUUGACAUUGUUGUGGGAUAGACAGUCAUGGGCUGCUGCCACUUUCACGCCACCACUUGCGCUGAUCUGCUCGCUGAUCGCAUGGCUCGUGACGGCGAAGGAUGAGGGCGGCAGUCUAUCCGUUGACUCGACCGGUGCGAAUAUCCCUAUGUUGGCUGGCAAUGUCGCUGCUCUCUUGUCGCCCAUCAUUUUCAUCCCGAUCCUAUCGUUCAUUCCUGGUCUGAAGGGACCAAAGUACGACUGGGUGUCCAUGAAGCUCAUCCGAAAAGGUGACGACUCAGAUCUUGCAGCGGCUGCGCAUGUCGACAUUGAGCUUGUGCCUGGAGAAGCCCAUCACACGGAAGAUGAAGAGCGAAAGGAGCAAGCACAGCUACAACGUGCUGCUAAGAUCGCUCGCUACAUGACUCUGUUCUUGACUCUCGCUUUGCUUAUCCUGUGGCCGUUCCCGAUGUACGGCAGCGGCUACGUCUUCAGCAAGAAGUUUUUCACAGGUUGGGUAUCGGUCGGCAUCCUCUGGCUCUUCUGCUCCGCUGCCUGUGUUGGUGUUUACCCGCUCUGGGAGGGUAGACACACUAGUUCGCGGACUGUGGUGGCCAUCUUCUUGGAUAUUACGGGGAAGAAAAAACCAGUCUUACAUGGACGUGCAACGGUGGCAGAGACUGCUGAAGCUGAGGAGCGUGCUGAUGAGAAGAAGGGUGUUGAUACGCCGCCCGAGCAUCCCGUUGAUGCUAAGAUGUGA